AAGAUGGCGAAAAGCCAUAACGGAAAUGGAGAAAAGCCCAUCAAGUAUGAGUGUAUGUAUAUUUACUCUCUGACUUUUGAUAUUCUCGCCCAGAUUCUGACAGUUUUAUCCCUGAUAUUUAGAAUCGUCAGCAAUUUGUUAUGGUUGCUACAAAAGAUACUGCUGUGCCUCAGUCAAACGUUAAUUUAGCCCUUUAAUUCCCAGAAGUGAUUUAUAUAUAACAUCUCCCUAUAAUAUCAAUACAUUAUCCAGCAAACAGAUAAGGAGAAUACUCAGACUUAUCGGAGAGAAAUUGUUAUCUUUAUUUAACACAAUAUUCUCCUAACUAAUUUACAAGGAAAUGUGUAGCAAGUAGUGAGGAGAAUGAACAAUUAGAUCUUGGGAAUUUAAGGGUUAGCAAGAGUCAAACAAGCAGCAACAAAUUUUUUUUGAUAUUUUUGACCAUAUCAGUGGUUCUGACUUGGAAGUUAGAAGUUCUUAAUUGUACAUUUUGUUUUAUUUUACUACAGAUUUAGAUCACACAGCUGAUGUUCAGUAAGUGCUGCUUUCCUUGUUUCUUAAGGGGCUGUUAAUUCUUGUGUCAGAAUUGACUAUGUAUAAAAAUGAGUAAAAGCGAUCUUAGGAAUUUCCGUACCAGCAAUCAGCUUUGCAUUUGUCUCAAGUUUGUCAAGUUAUUGUCAAGGUUGUUUGGGUUGAAUGAAAAUCAGAGAUGAUAAAAAAAUUAAUUAUUGUUGGGUAAGGAGUAGGGAAAACAUUUUGAAGGGGUAAGGGUUAAGGAGAAGGUAUUAAGGGGUGGAGAGUGUGGAGAAAGUUUUUGAGCGGUAAGGAGAAGGUUUUUGUGGGGUAAUGCGUAAGGAGAAAGUUUUUGAGGGAUAAGGGAUAAGGAGAAAGUUUAUGAGGGGCAAGGAGUAAGGAGAAGGUUUUUGAGGGGUAAAGAGAAAGUUUUUGAGGGGUAAGGAGAAGGUUUUUAAGGAGUGAGAUGAAAAGCAAAAGUUUUUGAGAGGUAAGGAGAAGGUUUUUGUGGGGUAAGGGGUAAGGAGAAAAUUUUUGAGGGGUAAAGGCUAAGGAGAAAGUUUUUGAGGGGUAAAGGGUAAGGGGAAGGUUUUUUAGGGGUAAGAGGUUAGGAGAAGGUUUUUGAGGAGUGAGAUGUAAGGCAAAAGUUUUUGUGGGGUAAGAGGUAAGGAGAAGGUUUUUGUGGGGUAAGGAGAAGGUAUUAAAUAAGGUGGAGAGCAAGAAGAAAGUCUUUGAGGGGUAACGGGUAAGGAGAAGGGAUUAGAUGGGUGAUGAGUAAGUGGAAGGUUUUUGUGGGGUAAGGUGUAAGGAGAAGGUUUCUGAGAAGUGAAAUGUAAGGCAAAAGUUUUUGAGGGGUAAGGGGUAAGGAGAAGGUAUUAGAUGGGUGAGGAGUAAGUGGAAGGUUUUAUGGGGUAAGGUGUAAGGAGAAGGUUUUUGAGGAGUGAGGUGUAAGGCAAAAGUUUUUGAGGGGAAAGUGGAAGGUUUUCGAGGAGUGAGCUGUGAGGCAAAAGUUUUUUGGGGGUAAAGGGUAAGGAGAAGGUUUUUCAAGGAUGAGGGGUAAGGAGAAGGUUUGUUAGGGGUGAGAAGAGGGGUGAGGAGAGAGCUGUGGGGGCAUACAGGUGAGAAAAAGGUAUGUUAGGGCCUUGAAGGUGAAGUAAACAUGGAUAUAUGAAGGAGGGGUCUGUAAGAGGUGAAGAGAACUAUUUUGGAGCACAAAGGAAUAGGGUGAAAAGGUUGAAUUGCAAAUUUAAAAACUUAAACUACUGUAGGAGCAGAGAUAUUCUUCAAGCAAUCCCCAUACUCAUUAUCCUUAACCCCUAAGAUUGACUAAGAGUUUCUAAUUUCUCCUUUCAGUAUCCCUCUUGAAUCAAAUGCUAAGGUCAUGAGAAUAAAGGAAAUGAUCACCAAUUUAAGAAGCACCUGAUUGUCAUACAAACUCUCCUUGUCAGUGCUGUAGGAAAUGUAAAGAGAACAGUGAUGAGAAUAUGAAUAUUAAAAGUGGGAUGUAAAAGAGUGAAGUGUAUCCUUUUCCCUUUAACUCCCAGAUCAAAUUUGUCAUUCUCCUUACUGUUAACCAUACAGUUCUUAUAAUGAAUGAAAGUGAUCUUCGCAGUGAUGUGCACUACUUAGGCAGUUCAAAUAUAUGACCUUCAUAUAUUCUUAACCGUCAGUUCUUAUAAUGUUAGUUCAGAGAAUUUAGCAUUGGAUCAACUAAUUAUCCCCAAAUUGAUAUUUUCCUUUUAUUUGGUUGAUAUUGUAAGGAGAAAUACUGUCCUGGUCACUCAUGGGAGUUAAAGGGUUAAAAGUAAAGGAGGGCAUUUGUAGCACUGUAAUUGUAUGACUGGUUGAAUUACACAAUUUAAUCUGUUAGUGUUUCAAAAAAUGUAUAGUCAAAUUUCUACAAAUUAGAAAGCUAAUGAGUUCUUUUUGUUUCAAUAUCUUGCAGACUUCAUGCUUGUAUCCUUUAAAAUUUUGUGACUGUGAUAGUGUGGUCUGAUCGCUCAGGUGAAUGCAGUCCCGAGAAGGGCUUUUGUUUGUAGUGGAUACUGACAUUUCAACAACCUGAGUGGAUAUCAUCAUCAGAGUCCAGUGAAUAGUUGUCGUCAGUUGAAUGUUUUAAGUGCAGUUUGCAUAAACUGAUUGGUUAGUUUUGUUUUUGAUGUUAUUGGCUGUAAGACUCAAGUGGUGUAGGUUGUGAUUGGUCAGUCUCUAUCCUUUGGUAAAGUUGGGUCAUUCUGUUUAGUUUGUUCGUUAUGUUAAUGUCGUGGAUGAGUCGUUUGUAUGGUGCUGGUAAUAGUUGACAUCUGUUGAGGUUGUCCCAGUGUCAGUCACCACAACUGACAACAGUUCUUCUCAGGACUACACUCACCAGGACAAUCAGACUACACAAUCACAUGUUACCCCAGGGUUCAAACCAUUUACUGUAAUUUUCAGAUUGUAACUAAGGAUUCAACUAUUUUAACUAAAUAAAUGAUGAAAUGUAACCUUUCUUUACAAUGACCAUGUACUACCAAUAUUUUUAAAAUGAGACAAUUUUUCUUAAUUCUAAUUAUUGCUGUUCCAUCAAGGGGGUGAUGAUUUGAAGGAAGCUUUUGAGCAGGUAUUGAAACUACUAAGCAGAUAUUGUGGUUUGUACACUCUGUUUGGUUGACAUACUUUGUAGCAAACACAAAGAUGGAUUUUCAAAUUUACUAAUUUAACCAGUGGUUUCUGAAAUACAUGAAGAAAUGAUUUAAAAAGCAGUAAUUUAUAAUGAUAACAAACAAGGUAAAUGAAAAUGAAACAAAGAAAGGGCAGCAAGAACAUACCUGACAGUUAGAAUACAUGAAUAUAAUACUUAAUAAUAUAUUAAUUAAUAAUUAUGAAUAAUUCUAAUAUUAAUAUAAUCAUAACAAUACUUGAAUGAAAUGACAUGGAGAUGCUCAAGAAAAAAUUUGACUGCUAAUUAAUUGGUGUGAAAAAUUAUUUAGAUAUGCUGAUACAGCGCAGAGAUUGGAGACUAUAAAAUGGUUAAAAGAUGUUGCAACAUACUUGUCAUUUCAAAAGAAAGCAAAUGAAUGAGCACUCAGAUAUAGAAAAUUCCCAAAACAUUUUCAAGAAAAUUAGACAUUGCUUUCUUACAGAAGUAAAGAGUUUCUUUGCUUUUUCAAUUCUGAAUCUUACUUAACCCUUGAACUCCCUUGAUCUUGAUCUGAUUGUUAAUCCUCCUCAGUAGCUGCUAUACAUUUCCUUGUAAAUCAGUCAUGAUAAUUUGGUGUUAGAUCAAGAUAACAAUUUCUACCUGAUUAGUCUGAAUAUUCUCAUUACCUAUUUGCUGUAUAAUGUAUGGAUAUUAUAGGGAGAAGUAACAUGUUAAUCACUUCUGGAAGUAGAAGGGUUAACUGGUAAUGUCAAAGAAUACGUCAUUACUGGGAAUGGUCUGUAAAAACAAGCAGAUAAGCUGCACCCUGAAUUUAGCUGCUCAAAUUUUGGGAAAAAAAGGUUUUUUGAAAGAAUCAAAAGAAAUCCAAAGUUAAGUCUUGAGAAGUCUUCUUCAUCCACUGUUCAUCAAACGUAAACUCACUAUUACACUGCAUUCUAGUGACGAUUUUUGGAAAAAAGGUGCAGCCUAUCUGCGGGUUUUUACUGUAUAUGCUAAAUAAGUGCCCUUUAACUCCCAUGAGUGACCAACACAGAAUUUCUCCUAACAGUAUCAAUACAAUAUCAAGCAGAAGAGUGAUAAGAAUAAAGAAAAAUAUCGAUUAGGGGAUUAUAAGUUGAUUCAAUACCAAACUCUCCAAACUAGUAGUAUAAGAAUUGUAUGGCAGACAGUAAGGAGAAGUACUGAUGAGAUCUUGCAGUUGAAAUGGUUCAUCAUGAUUGAUUCAAAAGAGCAGACAAGGGCAGAGUGAAAGUCUAAUUUGUUUAUCACAAGUAUGAAUACCGACAGAAUUGGAUUAUAACAAGACCUGCUUCUGAUUAAACAAACCUGUGAUAAGAUCUGGGAAACAAAAUACCCAAGGCCCACAUAAAACAGAGGGAUUCACUUUCUUCUGUGGAACUUAAAUCCACAAGUCGAUAUGACUGAGCAUGCAAACAAUGCUGUCUGUUUUAUUACGCAUGUUAAAAAUUGUUGUGUUUCACUGUCCUAUUACAAGCAUUAUGUACAUGUAUACAGUUUACCGUCCUAUUAGUGUUAAUUUGGGCUGCUGGUGACCAAACAUUUUUGAGAAUUUUGUUACAGUUUUGGUUACACCUUUGAUUGGAUAUAAUAUUUUGCCAUUGCAAGUGUGUUCCUCAGUUCCUAACUUUGUAAUUUCUUGAUACUUUACAAGGUAGCAACAGCCAUGUUUGGUUAUAUGACAGAGUUAACUGCUGUUGAAAUUGAAAAAACAAUGGAAAUCACAGCUCAAGGUAAGGUGACCAUUAUCCCUUUGUAGGAGUAACCAGCAUCUAAUGUCUCCCUACAUUAUCAUCCUUGAAUCAAACAUUAAGGUCAUGAGAAUAAAGGAAAUGAUCACUGACAAAAGAAGCUCCUGAUUGUUAAACAAAUUCUCCUUGUUAUAACCUUAGGAAAUGUAUUGAGAACAGUAUGGAGAAUAUUUAUGCUGAUGUUGGGGUGUAGAGGAUUAUGUUGAGCAUAUGCUGUCCAUUUUACAGCUCAUGUUUCUUCUCCAUUAGGUGAUGACAUGAUAAACUUGUUGUUCCAUUUUCUCGACGAGUUCCUGUUCUUGAUGUGUGAUGACCCAUAUUUCAUAGUUAAGGUAUUGAAAAAAAAAAAAAAAAGUUAUUUACCAGGAAAACUUUGCAUCAUAGGAAAUAACCUUUUGUCAACCCUUGGAUCCCUGUGGUGCAAAACUUAUAAAGGUUGAGUCUACUUAAACCUUUAAUUCCCAGAAGCGAUCAACAUGAAACUUCUCCCUAUAAGAUCCUUACAUUAUCCAACAAACAGGUAAUGAGAAUGUUCAAACUUAUCAGGUACAAGUUGUUAUUUUGAUCUAACAUCAAAUUCUUGUAACUAAUGUACAAGUAAAUGUGUAGCAGCUAAAGGGGAGAAUUAACAAUCAGAUCUUGGGAGUUAAAGGGUUAAAAAACCAAUCUCUGCUUUGAUGUUGUUUAUUAUUCUUUGUAUAUUACUAGGUCAAGAAUGUGGUGUUAUUUUCAUUACUUAUGUGGUUUUCCCCUUUUUUCCCAGGAAGUUGAAAUUUUAGAGUUUGACAAGGAAAACUUCACAAUAAGAGCAGUAGGGUAAAUAAUUAUUAUUUAAUUCAUAUCCAAGAUCUACAAUAAAAUUUCACUACUCUGUACUCAGCAACAUACAUUUCCUCUCAUUUUGGCCUUGAGAAUGUUAUGGAAAAUUCAACCAAAAUAUUCCCUAAUAGAUAUUCUCUUUUUCCUGGUCACUUUUCUCCUUAGAAAUGUUUUUUGGUGCCACAGAUCCAAAAUAAGUUGGGGCUGAAUCAGCUACUUGCCUUGAGAACAGAUUAGUGAAGAAAACAAACCCUUCGUCUUUUUUCUGUUAUUCAAAAAUUUUCAUGUUGUGGUCUCUCAUUUUAUUUAGGAGAGGUGAACUUUUUGACCUUAACAAGCAUCCACAGGUAACAUUUUUUUCUUGUGUAGAAAUUACAGCAUUCAAUGUCCAGCACUUACAUGACUUGUAUAACAUUCAUCUGACAAACAGGUCGCAAGUUCAUUUCUAUUCAUGACUUUUGCUCACGUUGAACGCUCACACUUUGAUGAUCAAACUCUACAAUCAAAUCCCAAGAAGAGAAUAAUAGAUUUUUAAUCUUAAUUUCUGUUCAAACCUCUGAUUAGCAUCUAAUUUCUCCUUACAAUAUCACCCCUGAAUCAAACAUGAAGGUCAUGAGACUUAAGAAAACGAUCACCAACUAAAAAAGCUCCUGAUUGUUAUUCUCCUGGUCAUCACCUUUUAAAUUGUAUAGAAAACAGUAGGGAGAAGAUGCAUACUGAUGUUAGGCUGUAAAGGGUUAAUGUUAAUACAUAGUUACUCUUACCCUUCUUAACUUCCUCAAUAAAAUCCUGAAUUCACUCUGUGAUAAUAUUUUUUAGUAAUUGAUCGAUUGAAUUUUAUGAUUUUCUUUCCUUUCAGGGCACAGAGGUGAAGGCUAUAACUUACUCCAACAUGCAGAUAUAUGAUGAAAUUGAUAAGCAUGAAGUUUAUGUCAUUAUCGAUAUUUAAAAACCAAAAUCAAAGGCAAACUCUAUGUGCUUAUUAUUCACUGAAGUUAUGGUGAAGAGUGAUGUAGUCAUUACAUGUACCAACGUAAGUGAGUAGCAGAUGGUCAAUCAGUUCCAUUUCCAACCAUGUGUUAAAGGUAGCUGGGAAAACAUAGUACCCACCAAACUGAAAAAUCUUCACUAUCAUACUGAACUGUAUUUUAAUUUUCUCUCUUGCAUAGAGAAGCUUACCCCGCAAAGAGAUGUGAAAUAAAAAGUUUGGAUAAAAU